AUGUGCUAUGCCGCAACGCCGGAACAACACGUCGGUCCUGGCCGGGACCUGACGCCGAAGGAGCCCCCGAGGGCCCUAAGCAAGACGAUCUUGUCGAUGAGCACACCUGUGCACCGAAAGCAAACUCGUCCUCACUUAGAAGCAACGUUGAUUUACAUUUUGUUGUCCUCCAUCUCUCUGCUCACUGUAGCUCUGAACCUGCUGGUCAUCAUCUCCAUCUCCCACUUCAAGCAGCUCCACACCCCCACCAACCUUCUCCUCCACUCUCUGGCUGUCUCAGAUUUCUUCGUGGGCCUCUUCAUGAUCUUUCAAAUAAUGAUAAUAGAUGGCUGCUGGUUGCUCGGUGAUCUCAUGUGUUCUCUUUGGUUGAUUCUGUUAUCCAUUAUUACCUCGUCCUCAGCAGGAACCAUGGUGCUCAUAUCAGUGGAUCGAUAUGUGGCUAUUUGUUAUCCUCUGCAUUACUUCACCAAAGUCAAACCAAAAAGAGUUCAAGUCUGUGUUUGUCUGUGUUGGAUGUUUGCUGCUUUAUUUUACAGUUUGCUGAUGAAGAAUAACCUGCAACAUCCAGGCAGGUAUAACUCCUGCAUAGGAGAAUGUGUCUUUGAAAUUGACUACAUCUCCAAUCUUAUUGAUCUAAUUGUUUCAUUUCUUUUUCCCAUUACUGUUAUUAUUAUUCUACAUAUGAGAAUAUUUGGGGUGGCUGUGCAUCAGGCUCGUGCCAUGCGGUGUGUUGUGACAAUGAAAGUAACUGUUAAAAAGUCUGAAUUGAAAGCAGCCAGGAAUCUUGCUGUUGUUGUAGUUGUGUUUCUGUUAUGCAUUUGUCCAUAUUUUUGUUUCACCCUUACAUCCCAAAAUAACUUGUACACAACUUCAUCUGCAACCAUUGUAAUAUGGUUGUUUCAGUUUAACUCCUGUCUCAACCCUCUGAUCUAUGCCAUUCUCUACCCCUGGUUCAGAAAAUCAAUUAAGGUCAUUGUUACACUUCAGAUACUGAAACCUGGUUCCUGUCGGACCAACAUGCUUUAG